GUCCAAACAGGAGAACAUUCUUGUCUGCUAGAAGUUAACAUGGAGAAACAUUGCUCUGCGGCUUGUGCACUGAUUUUAACACUGUGUGCUCUUGUGCACACUGUUUUUGCUGCAGAAGCUGAUGGCAAUUUAACAGUAGUUCUCCCAAAACCGGGCCAUUGUCCUCGUGUCCUUAAUGUUGUCCCAUCACAUAAAGGCUGUACAUGUGAUGAAGACUGUCCUGCAGACCACAAAUGCUGUGUCUUUGACUGUGGAGCUGUCUGUGUCCCCCCUGCUUUCACCAAGCCUGGAGUGUGUCCUCGCAGACAGUGGGGUGCUGGGAUGUGUGCGGAGUUCUGCUCCAAUGACAGCGACUGUCCCAAUGAAGAGAAGUGCUGCCACAAUGGUUGUGGACAUGAGUGCACUGCACCGUAUACAGUGAAGCGGGGUCGCUGUGCUGCACCCCAGGGGACUCCCAUGUGCGCAGAGUACUGCUAUCAUGAUGGUCAGUGUCCAGGAGAGCAGAAGUGCUGCAAGACAACCUGCGGCCAUGCCUGCAGCGAGCCAUGCUGAUUGGCAAGGGAGCAACAAUGUUUGGAUUCUUCAUUAUGCAACUACAUAGAAAAUGUGUUGAGCAAAGAGAACUUUUUUUUUUCUAGAUUCAUACUUUGGUACAUUUCAGCAUUAGUUUGCACAACAAUGUAUUACUCUGAGGAAGACAGUCAAUUGUAAGUCUUAGUAUUGUUAAGGAGACACACCAUAUAUUGCACUUUAAGCACAGAAAUCUGCAUAUUCUUGUACAUUUUUUGUUUGUUUCAGUAUUCUAUUACACAUUUUGAAAAGCAACAACUGUAGAAUAACUUGAUCAUGUGUUGCUGUGAGGGUCAGAAAUGUUUUGGUAGGUUUCCAUUUGUAGUCUUCAAAAGACAGGAGGAAGUUGUGGUUGAAUUCCAAUGUGAUGAAAACUUGCAAGUUAAAUUCUUUUGAUAUCUUUAACCUCUGUGAUGAAAACAGUAUCCCUGCACAAGAAGUAUAAUGCUGUUUGAGUGUAGUAUACACAGAUAAAAAAAAUACGUACUGUACUUUUGUUUGCUUGCAUAGUUUUAACUUACGAAGCAAUUUGUGUUUCCUUGUAUUUCAACCAAUAAACACAUUUCUAGAACCUUGAAA